AUGUGCUGUUUGUUAUGAAUCAGACGAUUUUAUAAACAGAAGGGAUUACCUUUACCUAGAGAAGUUUAGGACCUUAUGUUACGAUGUGAGAAGUAGAGAUGUGAUGGGUGAUCAGGCCACAAAAGUUGUUCACCCUGACGACAGGUUUGGAACAGUGGCACCCUCAAAUGACCGAGAGGGGUUAUGUGACCAGGAUGUAGUGGUGCCAUCUGGUGGUCAAUCUGUAGAGGAUGAGUGUAUGCCGUGUGACAGUGGGUAUGCAGACAAUUUGUCUGAGUCUAAAGCUUCUCUGACCAGUAACGGCACUGACAUCAGUAACCCUGCCUUAGUAGAGUCUGACAUGGACAAUCUGUCUGUGUCAUUACAGCCUCCGGACCCAUCUCAGAUCACCAGCACCCCUCUAUCCAGUGUAUCCCUUGACCACACACGGAUGGCCGCCCACUUAAAGAGAGCGUUCUCAAGGUCACAUAGCCAAAAUGACCAGCCUGCCUCCUCUCACAGAGUGACCGGAAUGACAGAGGAAAUUAAGGUCCCCAUUGUAGGCUUUGAGGUCAUGGAAGAAAGGUCAAAGUUUACAGUGUUUAAGAUCCAGGUGAGGGUAUCCACUACUAACAGCUGGUUCGUGUUCCGACGAUUCUCCGACUUCGUUCACCUAAACCAGAAGCUGAAGAAAUUAUUCCCCGGGUUACGAUUAGCUCUUCCACCAAAACGGUGGUUCAAAGAUAACUUUGACAGGAACUUCCUGGAAGAUAGGAUGCUGGGAUUACAAGCGUUUGCUGACAACAUUACUGGUCAUCAGGACAUAAAAAAGAGUCAACCAGUGCGAGAAUUCUUCUGCUUAGAUGAGCCUCCAGGACCACACGAUAGUUUGGAGGAAAGCAGGGCUCAUUGUGAUGAGCUGGAGGACACAGUAUACAGUCUAAAGAAGGAAAUGGCUGACAGAGAUUCUGAAAUCUCCCUCCUCACAGACGAACUCAAGCUCUAUAAAAAGCAGGUGGAGAUGCUGUCCAAGGCACUGAGAGAAAAGAAUGCAAGUCACCAAAGUCUCGACUCUGCCAGUUCUGGUGACGGAAAUUCCUCCGGUGGCUCAGAGGCGGACCAGUCAGAGGUCAGAAGUUAUACAUCAGCUGCCAGAAAGGCCUCAAGGAAUGGUUCAAUAUCAAGCCUUAGGUUGACUAAGCCCCGCAGUGAAUCAGUCACCAUGGAAACAUGACCAUCGUCAGCAAACAUGUGAUCUCAGCAGUCACUACAUGUCUACUGUCUUUCACCGAGUCCCUAGCGGAGUUAUCUUUGUAAGCUGUAGCCCAGGAGAUGUGUGUAAGCUGUAGCCCAGGAGAUGUGUGUAAGCUGUAGCCCUGAGAGCUGUAGCCCCAAGGGAUUUGUGAGUCUGAGUGUGUUAGCCAUAGCCCUGAGGGAUUUGUAUGAGUCUGUGUGUGUUAGUUGGAGACCUGAGGGAUUUGUGUAUAAGGUGUGCCUGACUUAGUGGUCAGUGAUCCAUUCCAACAGUAAAACUGUUGUUAGAUUUUUUAAUCUGAUUAAGAGUUAGGUUUUUAGUCUGAUUAAGAAAACAAAAUGGCUGAAAGUUGAAGUUUAAUAUUGCUAUUUCUAAUUCACAGAAAGUUCAUCUGCUCUGCUUAGAACUCUUUUAGAUUUUAUUAUAGGUCCUGCUUGUUAUAAAAUUAUUAAAGUAGAGAAAAAGAUCAGUCUUACAUAUAGAACCAAUAAAGAUCAUUCAAAGGUAGGACGCCAAGAUCCCUCUUGGAUCUCUUGUAUUUAUUCUGAUUAACCUAAAAAUGUGCAUUCAGCCAUUGUUGUUACUGUAAGUUUACUGUUAGUUGGUGAAUCAGCUGAACCAAUCCGUCAGGUCACACUUUGAGGUUGUGAUGGAAACAGAGAAAGCCUGUAAAUGAUUGGUGAUUUAUUGUCACAUGGUACGGUGUGUUCAGUCAGGGAGGACUACAGCACAAACAAAACCACAUACAAACUGUAUGAUUUAAAGUUGUGAUAUUGUGUUAUACGUGUAGAUAAACAGGUAAGUAGAUAAAUUCAUGUCCUAGUACUUCUUCCUGGCUAUACAUUGUUACUAUGUGACAUGUACAGGUAUUCUGUUUCUAUGACAACCGUUACAAUUUUAAGGGACCAUAUUUUUAUACAUGUUGAGGUGCUGUUGUAUUAAAACUAGUGGUGUGAUAUUGUAUAUUGUUGUGCCUAUCACCAUGGUAACAGACUAUAGUUUUGUAGAUUUUACUGCUCAUUAUAUUUAGUGGUGUUCAUCUUGUUAAAUCUUUGCUCAAUGCUCAAGUAGAUAAAUGGGUUUCCUCUGACUUCCUACUAAAGAAAAUCUUAUGGCUUGAUGACAGGAAAGAGACUCCAUGAAGCCAUAAGUUUUUCCAUCAUUAUUUGGAGGACUGUCGGAGGAAACUCAGAAUAGUAGAUAGUGCAUACUUGCUUACAUUUGCUAGGUGCUAUUUUUAUCACUCAAAUGAUACACACAGUGUGAGUGGCACAGGCCAUAGUGUAGAUGACUGGUGACUGAUGAACAGGAGUAUACGUUGGUCAGUUUAGAUGACUGGUCACUGAUGAUCAGGAGUAUACGUUGGUCAGUGUAGAUGACUGGUCACUUAUGAUCAGGAGUAUAUGUUGGUCAGUGUAGAUGACUGGUCACUUAUGAUCAGGAGUAUACAUUGGUCAGUGUAGAUGACUGGUCACUGAUGAUCAGGAGUAUACAUUGGUCAGUGUAGAUGACUGGUCACUUAUGAUCAGGAGUAUACGUUGGUCAGUGUAGAUGACUGGUGACUGAUGAUCAGGAGUAUACGUUGGUCAGUGUAGAUGACUGGUCACUGAUGAUCAGGAGUAUACAUUGGUCAGUGUAGAUGACUGGUCACUGAUGAACAGAAGUAUACAUUGGUCAGUGUAGAUGACUGGUCACUGAUGAUCAGGAGUAUACGUUGGUCAGCACCUCAAUAAUAAUUAAUGAUUUUUAACUGCCUUAAUAAUGAUUGAUUGACUGUACGCCUAUAUUGACAAUUAUAACAGUUUUUUAACCACAUAUAUUUUAGUGAUUACAGUAAAUAACUUUAUUAACCUGUGAAUUGUUUUAAAUUGUUGAUGUCUUUCAUCACAGAAAUGAGUUGGAUUACAAAUAAACUGUGGUUUGCUUCUUAUUCUGCAAAUUUUGAGAAAUGUUUGAAAUUUUAUUGAUGUUUCAUGUUGAACUGGUUGUGUUGGAUGUUUUAAUACCAGUGUACUGAGAAUUAUUAUACAUAAACACUUAAUAGUCACCAGUUAGCCUUGGUGUGCAGCAGUUUGUUCACCUUGUGAUUUCAGGCUGACGUUUUUAUGGUCUUAGUCUAAUUGUUGUGUUGACAAUUUUUAUAUGGUAUUUACUAAUAUGUGAAAUAUUAUUUUGGUGCAAAUACAGCACAAUUAGUGUUUUAAUGUAAAAUUAGUGCAAUUGUAGUUAGUAAUUGUAGUAGUAAAUGUGUGUUUGUUUUAAGUAAGGAAACAUGGGUGGUAUUAGAACAGUUGUAGUAAAUAUGUGUUUUAUAAGUACAGAAACGUGGAUGGUAUUCAAACACUUAAUGGUUGCUAUUUGGUUUUAGUUUUUGUUCUUUUUUAGUUAAUUUUGCACACAAGAAUUAGAUCCCCUAAUUCAACUUAAAUUUCAAGAUGGGUUUCAAAUUGCUACUUAUCAAAAAAAAAUUAAAUCUAGCUAUUUAUUAGGUUUUUGGAAAUAAGAUUUAGAAUCAAUCUGUUGAAGGUGAAAUAUAUCCAAAUUCAUCAACCAAUCAGAGUUAGAAUACCUUAUGUUUAGUGCACUCUCACUAAUUUUCAGUUUAGCAGCUGGUAGCAUAAGGUGUUGUUUUUGUAAAUUAUUUUGGUACAUAUGCUUAGGUAUUUAACUUAAAAAUUCUGUAAGAAAACAAUUAUAUUAAACCAGAUGAUAGUUGCCUAUUGAAAAUGAAUACAUGUACAGACUUGUGUGACAUGGUUACUUGUACAAUGUACUUACUUUAAGAUGUAAUGGAAGUUAAAAGGUUUUCUGAUUUAACACCUAAUGCAUACUCAUGUAACAGACCAUAUCAAUAAUGUCAUGGAUAUGAAACAUAGGUUUUCUGUUAAGAUUGUCAAAUAUGAUGUGUAUGUAGUAUAUGAAGCAUGUCUUUAUAUUACUGUGGAGAGUUUGUGUGUAAAUGAGAGAGUUUGUGUGUAAAUGAUAGAGUUUGUGUGUAAAUGAGAGAGUUUGUGUGUAAAUGAUAGAGUUUGUAUGUAAAUGAGAGAGUUUGUGUGUAAAUGAUAGAGUUUGUGUGUAAAUGAUAGAGUUUGUGUGUAAAUGGGAGAGUUUGUGUGUAAAUGAGAGAGUUUGUGUGUAAAUGAGAGAGUUUGUGUGUAAAUGAGAGAGUUUGUGUGUAAAUGAGAGAGAUUGUGUGUACAUGAGAGAAUUUGUGUGUACAUGAGAGAGUUUGUGUGUAAAUGAGAGAGUUUGUGUGUACAUGAGAGAGUUUGUGUGUAAAUGAGAGAGUUUGUGUGUACAUGUAAAUGAGAGAGUUUGUGUGUACAUGAGAACGUUUCUCUAAGUAAACCUAUGUUUGUAUUGGUGCUUGUUUAUAUGCUUGCCUGGCCAUUUGACAAGGUCAAUAGUUCACCUUGAUACAUUCCCACACUGCACGUUUCUGGCCUUCAUUUUCCCAGACAGAGCUUAUAAUGCUUAAUAGAAAAAAGUUGGUGGGAGAGUGCACAAUGUCUGCUCAACAAUUUGUGUACCAGUAAUGAUUGACAGAUUAAUUUCAAACUUUUUAAGAAGCCCAAUUCUUUUUAAAUCUCAGACAAGUUUGAUAAACAAUGUUACCUAUCCAUUGUUGUGUAUAUAACUUUGGCCUAUAAGACAGACAUAUCUUGUUUCAUCUCCUAUAAACUCUUGUUAUAUUCCUGUAACACAGCUGGCUUACAUUGGCACCUCCAUUCUAAUACUGUAAAAAUCAUAUCCCUGGGGUUUAUUUCACAAUAUGAUAGGUAAACUAUAAAUUUGAGGGUUAUUUCUGCGAAUUUUUCUUUUUCACCUGUUCCAUUAUACUACAUAUAUUAAAUGUUCAUGGCUGGCUGAAUGGUCUUCGCCUAUUUAGCUUCGUUUUCCGCCUCUAAUUAAUUUCAAUGUUUACAGUAUCUAUCUUCUCUGUUCUUCAUCAAUAACUCUGUAAUAGUGCCUCAAUCGUGUAUAAUUAGAUACAAGUUUUUGAACUCACCUGGUCCUUGACGUGAGCGUAUACCAUACCGUGGCAUCCAGCAUACGUCUGCCGUCUGUCAACAGUUGACUUCCUUCUUCUGAACCACUGAUCAGAAUUUAACCAAAUUUGGUAGGAAGCUUCCCUAUGUAACCGAGAUUCAAAUUUAUAGAAAUUAUGCCCUCCCCCCUUUUCCAACCCCUGGAGAUUUAGUUUCUUUGUUACAUAUACAUCUUUGAAACCGUUGAGAUCCCUACCCCAUAACUGUUUAAAGCAUUGUUGAGCAUCAAGAGAUAAACAGAUUCAUGAUGAAAAAAUAGGUCCUGCAUGGGGUCUUUCCGCACCUGAAGGGAGUUAGUUUCUUUAAACACAAUAAUGUUGAGUCUGGACUUCUUUUCUGGAUUAUUUGAACAGUUGAGAUCCUCACCCCAUAACCAUAUAUAUAAUGUUGUUAGACAUCAAGAAAUAAAGCUAUUAACAAAUUGAACAUAAACAUUAUUUGAUGUUUACUCAAAUCAACUAGGUGAGCAAUACAGGCCCUGUGGGCCUUUUGUUUUGCUAUGUGAUAUCAUUUUCAUUUUGGCUCCUUUUUUCUCUUUUUUUUUCUUCUCUAGAACUUAGUCCCUUUCUUAAUAUAUGUUCAUCUACAAAUACUGGAUAGAUUUCAUUACAACUUUUGUCGUUUUUACUUUAAAAUUUAUCUUUGUCCCUUUUUUUAUUUGGACAUUUUUUUUAUUAUUAUUUUCUUGGUCUCCUAUGGAAAUCCUGACUACUGAAAUGAUGGUUAGAUUUCAAUUUAUCUGUAGUCAAUGUAUUUGUCUUUAAGCUAUGCAAUUUAUUUUACAUUUUAAGCGGUGUUUGAUAGCCUAUUCCUAUGAAACCAAAUGUUAAUCUUAAUGAUGUGCUAGGGGCAUUAGUUUGCCUACAGCUUUUAGAGCUUUUAGCUAGAUUUUGAAGUAUAACAUGAAAUGCUUGUGACAAUAGGUCAUUGAAGCUAUUUAACGAGUUGGGAACCCCUCGGAAAGUCGAGACAGUCUCGGCUUUCCGAGGGAGUUCCCAAUGCUUCGUUUGUUUUGUGAUACAAACUAGAGGGUACACAACUGUUUACUUCAAUCUGUCACGGUGUUGGAUCACUUUGUUUUGGCUUGGAUUUUCUGUCAACUAGCCAAGGUUUAGAUUUAUUAAAGACCCGGUAUAUUUGUUUGAUAUUUAUGUUUGUGUCCUUUUUCUGUUAAACAACGAAAUUUUAAAGACUGCAUUUUUAUGAAAUACAAGCAGCCUGUUACCCCGUGAUAAUUUAACCUGUCAGUACCGUAGUGGUGAUGACAUGUGAAGUGAUUUUAUGACUACAGUACUUUAGUAUUUGGUAUGUGUACAACACCAUCAUAUGUGGUACGUAUAAACAUCAUCUAUGGUAUGUUUAAAUAUCAUCAGUGGUACAUGAAGUCACUACAUUGUACAUCGGUAUAAAUAUGAGGUCAUCAAGUCAGCGUAGAUGACCUCCGUAGUUUGAUAUACACUGGUGGUGGGUGGCACUACAGAAUGACAACUUGUUGAUACGUAUAAAUGUUGUUUGUAACAUGGUUAUAUCUUGUAACAUUAUAUCUUGAAACAUUAUAUCUCUCAGAUGGUUGUCUAAUUAAACACGCUUUAAAUACCUUUUA